AUGCUUGAGUCGUUAGUGGCUUCCCUACUUAACCGGACUCUAGGGUCGUAUGUUGAGAACUUCGAUCCUAAACAGUUAAACAUUGGUAUAUGGGGUGGAGAUGUCAAAUUGCGCGAUCUAAGACUUAAAAAAGAGUCUUUCGAUAAGUUUGAGAUACCUUUGGAUAUCAAGUUUGGCCAUAUGGGUGAAUUGACCUUACAGAUUCCUUGGUCAAACUUGAAAUCCAAGCCAGUCAAGAUAAUAGUGGAGAAUGUUUAUCUUCUCUGCGUUCCCGCCACCGGAAGCAAGUUCGACCCUGAUGCGGAGCAACUCAGAGAGCAGAGGCUGAAGAGGCAAAAACUUGAGGAAUUGGAGCUCAUCCAGCAAUCGACUCCAGCUGCCGAUCCAGAACUAACAGAUGAAGAGUCUUUGAAGAAUGAAAGUUUCACAGAGAGUUUGGUCACCAAGAUCGUGGAUAACUUACAGUUCACCAUCAAGAACAUACAUGUUAGAUACGAGGACGACCACGCCUUCACGGACAGCCCAUAUGCUGUUGGUAUGACUCUUGGUGAACUAUCCGCUGUAUCAGCUGACGAGUCAUGGAUUCCCAAUUUCAUCUCAGGAUUUUCAGUGUUUGCAAGAAAGCUCAUGACUCUGAACUCGCUCACAUGCUACCUGGACAGCAACACGGGGACGAUCUUCAGAGAGGAUCCUGUCGAGCUGCUCCAAGUCUUCCAAGAUCUGAUUGAAAAGAACUCGAGCAGCACAAGUGAAACCCAGUUUAUACUGAAGCCCGUCUCAGGAACGGGUCAUCUGACAGUUAACAAACAAGGUGCCACAGAGGCUGCUCCCCAUAUACACUCUGAGCUUUAUUUUGACGAGUUCAGUGUUGACCUGAACAGCGACCAGUACCGGGAUGUACUCACCACCGCCUCUAGAUUGCAUCAAUACACCAGAAAUCACAGAUAUAGGAAGUUCAGACCGCAGGUCUCGGUUUCAGAUGACCCAUCUGCAUGGAUGACAUUUGUUGCAAAAUGCAUCCAAGAAGAUGUCCAUGAGAAGAACAAGCUAUGGACCUGGAACUAUAUCAAGGAGCAAUGUGAAUUGCGAACCAGGUAUAUCGCUUUGUGGAGGUCGAAUAUAUCGAAAUCGAAGGUGCUCUCUGUUGCAGAGAAGUCUGAGCUUGAGUCACUGGAGAAUGCACUUACCUUUGAACAGAUUUCGCUCUACAGAGCACUGGCAAGAAGGUUGAACCGAAAGAGUGCAAUCGCGUUAUCGCCUGCUGAAAAGAAGACUGAGUCUGAAGCUAAGCCUCAACAGCCUGCAGGAUGGUUUGGAUGGUGGAGUGGUGCAAAACCUGCUACCGACGAUUCCACACACGAAGACCUGACCAUGACAGAUGAACAGAAGAAAGAGCUGUAUGAAGCAAUUGAGUACAAUGAGGAAAAGGUAUUUCAGGAGUCCAUCGAUAUCCCCAAAGAUCGAGUCAAGACCGAGGUAAGGUGCAACUUGAAGCGCGGUGCUCUCGCGAUACGCAAGCAUAAGGGCGACAGCAACCUGGGUGAAAUUGUGUUUGAAGGAUGUGAGGCCAAGUUCCUAGAAAGACCAGAUUCUUUUGUUGCGAGUUUCCAGCUUCACGAGUUCAGAGUCGAGGAUGGUACCGAGAACACUUUGUACAAGCACACAGUGAGCGUAAAGCCUCUGCACUACAACAUGCAUGGUGACUCGCAACAAUCUGGUAACUCAGAAGAGGAUAAGCCAUUUUUUGACCUGACCUUCGAGAAGAACCCUCUUGAUGGCUCUGCAGAUUCUGCCCUCAACGUGAGUCUGACCAGUACUACCAUUUUUCACAACCCCAAGUUCAUAGAAGAGGUAUUUCUCUUCUUCCGCCCACCGAGAAUACACAGUGAUACCAUUGGGAUGAUCAUGAAUGCUGCAGAGAGCACGAUUGAAGGAUUCACCCAGCAAACUAGAUUGGGAUUACAGUACGCCAUUGAGGAACAUAAGACCAUUAAUUGUAAGAUGGACCUUCAGGCUCCUCUGAUCAUUGUUCCACUGGACCCGACCAACUGGAGCUCACCGGUUGCUAUUCUAGAUGCUGGUCAUAUCAAGGUCGCAAGUGACCUUGCUGAUCCCAAGACAAUCGAAGAAAUCGAGGCUCUAACCACUCAAAGUGGCUCAGAGAACUUGGAAAAGCUCAACUCGUUGAUGUACGACAGAUUUGAUCUCAAGCUGGAAGACGCUCAAAUAUUGAUAGGUCCGGACGUGAAAUCAACCAUUGAGCAACUUCAUGCCACACAGGGCAAAUCCACAUUGAUUCUUGACAACUUUAGCAUGGACUUUUUACUGCAGCUUUCCAUUGUCCCCAGUGCUUACAACCUCCCAAGAAUGAAGAUUGGUGGAAAAGUGCCUAGGUUCAGAGCAUCGUUGAGUGAUGUCCAGUAUAAGGUUAUCAUGAAACUGAUUGAUGCCAUAAUCCCCAACUUUGAUCUCCUGGAUGAGACUGAGAACUCGCAAACUCUGACUUUCGGCAGCUUUGGUGCACAUGACCAUUUACUUGGAAUUGAUGAGAAUGAAGAUGUCGGCUCAGACGUACAAUCAGUCACCAAACAGCCUACCACUGCUCCAUCAGAUGCUGCUUCAAAACAGCAUCAAAUUGAGUUUGAUUUCAGUGUUGACUCAAUCGUGUUGUCUCUGUCUAGGUGCGUGGACACUUCCACUUUUCAGUCCGAUUUGCUUAUUGAUCUGGUAGGCGACAGACUCAAACUGGACUUCUACAAGACUGCCACUGAAAUGCAUUUGGAUCUGCUGUUGGCCGACAUAUCGAUUGAUGAUCACAUAGAGCAAUCUGGCCCCGAGGAGUUCAAGAAGCUGAUAUCCUCUAACAACUUUGAAGACUAUGAUGGCGUUGUUAAGAAGGAUGAUAUCUUCAGUGUUGAGUACCAAAGGAGCCAGCGUUUAGUUCCAUACAAUGGAUCUGAGAUCGAGGUGUUUGAUCAGGAUGUAACGAUGUCUAUUGCAGACGUCAAAUUAGUGGUGACCAGGAAGUCUCUGCUCACGCUUCUCAAUUUUGCUCUGAAUACAUUCACCGACCCUAAUGCCCCAGAGACUCCAGCUGACCAGCUGAGACACAAUGAUGAGCAAGAAGAGAUGUCGCCGCAGAAGAUUAACGUCAAGAUUAACCUCGAGAGUGUGAUUUUGGUUCUUAAUGAUGACGGAAUCAAGCUUGCAACAAUGAAAUUGAGUCAGGCAGAUGUGGAGGUAUACCUGCUUCCCGAAAAGAUGAAAGUAUUGGCAAAGCUUGGAGGUCUUUCCCUUCAUGAUGAGGUGAAUGAGGGCUCUUCAAGAGAUUCAAUCAUGCGUAACCUUAUCAGCAUCGAAGGUGAGGAACUUGCAGAGCUCCAUUAUGAAACCUUUGACGUUGCCAUCAAUAAGGAAGAUUACAAUAGUCUCAUAUCGUUUCACACCGGGUCAAUCAAGAUCAAUUACGUUGAGCAUCCUUUCAACAGAAUACUUGCAUUUUUGAGCCAAUUCCAGAGGAUGAAGUACAUUUAUGACAGGGCUAGAGAGGCGGCAUUGAACCAGGCCGGCAACAUUGAUGGCGCUGGAAGAAUGCGCUUUGAUAUUUUGAUAAAGACCCCUAUUAUUGUGUUUCCACGGAUAGUUGACCCCAGAAAAGAUAUAUUCGAUAGAAUCACGUUCAAUUUGGGUGAGAUUUACCUGAACAACAAGUUUGAAAAAACUGGGGAGGACCUGCUCAAUAUGAUCUCAAUGGGUAUGAGGUCCACAAAGAUGUCAUCUGAAUUACACUUCGAGAAUUACACUAAGCAGUCUUUGGAAAUCAUCGAUGGUCUCGACAUUGGGUUCAAUAUCAACUAUUGUGACGUGCCAUCUGUCCACAGGCCUACAAUGAUAGUGACUGGUGAUGUUACUGGAAAAGAAAUCGCUCUGACUGAACUCCAAGUGUUCCAUCUCAUGAAGGUUGCUCAGACCAUACCGAGUGUUCUAAACGGAAUGGAAGCUGAUGAGUCUUUGACUGAUUUGGAGGAAGAUGCUGAAAAUGCCAACCUACUCAUUGACAAUAGAGGAAAAACACCAGAAUCAGUGGUUUCUAGUCCUGAGGAUCCGUCAGAACAGCUACCAGCGGAUCACGUGAAACUUGAACUUGAUUUCAAUAUACCGAAGUUGGGUAUGACUCUCUACAACGAUACGAAGGAGGUGGUGAGUAACAUAAACGACAAGACACUGUCCAGGUUCUCACUGAACGACACAGGAGUUACGUGCGAAUUGAGAGAAGACGGGAACUUCAAGGUCGAUUUACAUAUAAAGUCAUUCACGGUUGAAGACAUCAGAAAAAAGAAGGACAACAGGUUCACAGAACUUAUUCCAGAGGUCAUUCAUGACAACUAUCAGUUCAAAGCUUCUGCAUACUCUGAGGGCUCCGAGAAAAAGCGUCAUAUCUACUCUAUGCUUGAAAUUGAUAGUCCAAGAGUAAUCCUGGCUUUGGACUACUUGUUCUCCCUGAAGUCGUUUGUGGAUGUGGCAUUAAACACACAAGAGGUCAGCAUUGGAUCCACGAGGGGUCUGCCUUCCAUUGCAGAAGAGGAGUCAGUCGUAAGUGACGAGGCUGAACGAGCUGUUACUGUUCAAAGCCGUAGGGUGGAGGAACCAGAAAGUCCCGAUGGGGCUACAACCUAUGGUUUUUCGCUGAAUGUCGUAGAUUCAUCUUUGAUUCUACUUGCGGAUCCAAGCAACGAAAACAGUGAAGCAAUCGUGUUCAAGAUUGGCCAAGUUCUGAUGACAAGCCAGAACAUCCAAUCUCUUUCGGCAGUUGGUGUCGGCAUAUUUUUGUGCAGGAUGAGUUCAUUUGAUGAGAACAGGCUUCGUGUUAUUGAUGACUUUUCUGCAUCUAUGACAAUUGACUCGAGAAACUCGACUCCUACCAGGUUGCUGACCAGCAUUGACAUCAAGCUUGAUCCGCUAUUGGUCAGGGUCUCUUUACGUGAUAUCAGACUUGCAUUGACCAUUUUCAACAGGGCUUCGGAGAUGUACAAGGAACUUGAAGGGAUCAAAAAUGCUCCCCAAGAAGGGCAGAAAAAGCAGGUGUCCAACUUUUCAGAGGAUUUCAAACGGAAACUAUCAAAGUAUGCUCCGAGCAUCUUAUCAAGUGCCUCAGGACGGUCAAAGAAGUCUGCUGUAUCUGUCAAGGAACCUCAGGUUGUUAUACAUGGGGAGAGUUUAGAAGCCAGUUUUGAGGGAUUAAGACUGGUACUAAUUGGUGAUGUUCAUGAACUUCCAGUGUUGGAUAUGGAAGUCAAGCCAUUCUCUGCAACUGCUCGGAACUGGAGUACAGACUUGGAAGCCCACACCAACAUCACCUCUUUGGUAAACAUCUUCAACUAUUCAACAUCGACCUGGGAACCAUUACUGGAACCUUGGUCAUUUGGUAUCCAUGUUUCAAAGGCGAUUGAGCCAAAGGAGUCCAUGAUUGUUGAGAUAUUUUCAAGGGACACCGCGGAGCUCACAUUCUCUUCUCGUUCUGUUGCCCUGAUGUCUCAUAUCAGUACCCUGUUGCAUGAUAGUACGGAACUAAAACCUAGAGAUCAGGAUAGUCCCUUCAGAAUUUUGAACGAAACUGGAUUUGACAUCAAUAUUUGGAUAGACGAGGACAAGUCGCGUCGGAAUUUGACCCACGUCAAGAACGGCGAGAAUGUGAUGUGGCAUUUCCAAGAUUGGAGGAAAGUCAGAGAGACUCUUAGAUCUGAAUCCGAGAGUGGCUUCAUUGGUUGUGAACUAUUGGAUUCCAGUUACAAUCCCAUUGAGUCCAUAUCGCUGAAGGCUGAAGGCGAAGAACUGUUUGUGCUUAAUCCGCGUAAAGACGGCAUCCAUAACCGUCUUGCUUGCACAAUAAAGCUAGGAGAAGACAAAGUCAAGUAUGUUACUCUGAGAUCGACCCUGAAGAUUAAGAAUACCACGCAGACUCCAAUCUACAUUGGAAAUGGUGUCAACCAAGAAACAUUGGAAGCUGAACAUGGCGUUGUAAUUCCUCCAGGAGAUGAAAAGUCGGUUCCUAUAGAUUAUGUUUAUUCAGCUCAGUUUGCGGUGAGACCACUCUUGGAUGAUGAACUCUACGGAUGGUCCAGUUGUACAUCCAAAAAUGUGAAUAAAAAGGUUUCAUUGUUCUGGAAGGAUCUUUUGGACCACGAGAUGGUAUUGGAAUGCCCUGGAGUGGGAAGCAAAAAAGGCGAUAAGUAUUUUUUGCAAGCUACUGCAGAAUAUGAUGAGUUGGAGCCACUUGCAAAGAUUUAUCCUCAUAUGACUGUGACCAUCUCUUCUCCGCUGGUGAUUGAAAAUUUGUUACCCUUUGAUCUGAGUGCGGUGGUUAGCGAGUCGAAGUCGAAAGGACAGUGGUCCAGGUAUAUCGAGAAAGGAUGCCAGGCUUUGAUCCACUCAGUCGACCUCAAGAACCUCUUGACCUUAAGAGUGACCCCUGUGGGUUCGCAAUACAGGCAAUCUGCCUCAAGCAUAAUCAAUGUUCCCGAAGGCAGUCCAAACUCAAUUUCGACGAAUCUCAAGACAGAGAGCAACGACGGCCACUCGUUGUUCUUGAAAAUUCAUUACAACAGGAAACAUGGAGGAGUCAAGCUUACAGUUUAUGUGCCAUAUCUCGUUCUCAACCGUACCGGAAAGACUCUGUAUAUGAGCGAGAGGUACAACGUCAUGACUUCAAAGGUCAGCGACUUAGAUGGAAAAAUCAGACGACCUGAUAUGUUCUCGUUUGAACAUGACAGUAAAACACGGGAUACAUUUGGAUUGCUGAUGGGCGGCAAUCUUAGAGAUAACACUGCUGUGAUCAAAAUCGGAGAUUCUCUUGCAAGUAAUCCCAUCAGCAUUGACAAGAUAGGUCAAAGCUUCGAAUUGAGAAUACCUUUGAAGGAGAGACAGUUGGAAACCAUAUUGGCUAUACACAUCUCUGAAGGCGAAGGAAAGUACAAUCUCACCAAGGUCAUCAAUGUGAUUCCAAAGUAUAUUGUCAGGAAUAAUUUGGAGGAUACAAUCCAGAUCACUCUCGUUGGGCUGACGAAGACGCUGAAUAUCGAACCAGGACAGUACCUUCCAGUAUACGAGCUACCAAGGGUGGAAGACAAACAGUUGCGAAUUUGCUUUCUGGGUAGUAAAUCAGAAUGGUCGGCUCCAUUCCCCAUCAACGAUGUUGGGGAGGUGUAUUUGCGCGUGCUGAAACAGGGAUUGAGAUCGCACAAGCUGCUGCGUAUAUCUACAGCUACAUCAGAGGCCGGGUUAUACAUCAACAUCAAUGACGCAUCGGACCAUUGGCCCUUUUCAAUCAGAAACUUUAGCGACCAAGAGUUCUUGCUCUUUCAGUCAGACCCAGAUAUCAACGAUGAUGGAGUUCGCGUUUCGAGUGCCGUUCCAUUCAAAAGAGUAUACUAUCGAAUCCCACCAAAGAGCUCAAUGCCCUAUGCGUGGGAUUUCCCAGCUGGGUUGGUCAAAGAUCUGGUUUUGAAGGUAGGAACAAAAGAAAGGCACAUACAACUUGCCGAAAUAGGUGAACUGGAGCCUAUGUUGCUACCAACUCCUGUCAAUUCAAGACAGAGACCUAGCGUGGAUCUGAAGGUGAUUGCCGAUGGUCCCACUCAAUGUCUGGUGAUUUCGAACUAUGAUUCUUCUACGAGUUUGUAUCAAAGGAAGACUAUCCAAAACUCCACAUCUUCUAUAGAAUCUGACAAAUUCGAGGCAUUGGAGAACGACAGCAACUAUUUCCACAAGGUUAUACUCAAAUUUGAGGGCAUCGGUAUCUCUCUCAUCAACCAAAGAGGCCAAGAGCUCGUCUACGUUAAUGUCAGAGGUAUUGAGUUUCAUUACAACGAAUCAGAGAUUUACCAGAACCUUAGUAUCAAACUGAAGUGGAUACAAAUUGACAACCAGCUCUACGGAAGCGUUUAUCCAAUUGUUUUGUAUCCAAGUGUGGUUGCCAAAUCGAGUAAAGAGAUGAACGAACAUCCGACGUUUUCGGCUUCUGUUUCGAGAGUCAAAGACGAUACUCAUGGUGUUUUGUACAUCAAGCAAGCUUCUCUUCUUCUGCAGGAGCUUUCUGUGGAGAUUGAUGAAGACUUCCUCUUUGCACUCAUUGACUUUUCGAAAAUCCCAGGGGCACCAUGGAAUAAGCAGAUUUCCCAUAAGUUAUGGGACGAGAACCUUGAGAUUCCAGAACCUCCUGAGAUUAGAUCGUCCAAUGAUCUUUACUUCGAAUGGCUCAAUCUACAGCCUUUGGAGAUCAACCUUUCGUUUGUAAGGACAGAGCACAUCAAUGCCGAAGACACUGCGGGAAGUCAAGAUGCACUUGUCUUAAUUUUGAAUGUGUUGACUAUGGCUAUUGGAAACAUUAACGACGCACCCAUUCGUCUCUCAGCAUUGCUGAUGAACAAUGUUCGUGUUCCUCUGCCAUACUUGCUUCAGAAUAUACAGGAGCAUUACACCCAGGCUUUCUUGUACCAGCUUUACAAGGUCUUGGGAUCUGCGGAUGUACUGGGAAACCCUGUUGGUCUUUUCAACACGGUCAGUUCUGGUGUGUUUGACAUAUUUUACGAACCAUAUCAUGGUUUCAUCAUGACAGAUCGUCCACAGGAAUUGGGUAUCGGAUUAGCAAAAGGUGGACUUAGUUUCCUGAAGAAGUCAGUGUUCGGUUUCAGUGAUAGUUUUGCAAGAAUCACCGGUUCGGUUGCCAAGGGCCUAACAGUUGCUACUCUUGACAAAGAUUUCCAGGAAAGAAGAAGGGUAAUGAAACAACGAAAUAAGCCCAAUCAUGCGCUUUAUGGCUUUUCCUAUGGUGCUUCUUCGUUAAUCGAUGGCCUGACCAGUGGAAUCACAGGAAUGGCCACUGCUCCUGCUGAGGGUGCUGAAAAGGAAGGAGCCGCUGGAUUUUUCAAGGGUGUUGGUAAGGGUCUCAUUGGUCUCCCCACAAAAACCGCUACUGGCUUGUUUGACUUUGCAUCUUCCAUCAGUGAAGGCAUCAGGAAUACGACCACUGCGUUUGAUGGAGAGGCAUUGAGCAAAGUCAGACUUCCGCGGUACGUCCCGAUAACGGGAGCUGUUGUUCCGUAUUCAGAAAGAGAGGCUCAAGGUCAAUUCUGGCUCAAGUCUGCCGAUGGUGGAAAAUACUUCGACGACACCUAUCUUGCACAUGUGGUAUUGCCCGGUGGAGAACUAUGUCUGAUCAUAUCAUUGAAACAUAUCAUGAUUGUUUCCAUUGUGCGCAUGACCAUGGAGUGGAUGACCCCCUACGAGAAGAUUGCCAACAUCUCACUGGAAAAGUCUGGUAUAAUGUUCAGAAUCAAAAACAGACCCGGUGUGAAUGGCAUGUUCGAAAAGUUCAUACCCAUUCCAGAAAACAACUCGAAGAGGUACAUCUACCAGAAGAUCGCUACUGGUGUGGGAGAAUACAAUAAACACUGCCAAGUGUUUUUGUGA